AUGCACGGCCCGCGGCGCCGGCUGCCGGCGCUGCCCGCCCUGCUGUGGCUGGCGCUGGCCCCGCUGCCCGGCGCGCCCGGCCCCGCGGCACGGGCCGAGCUGCGGGUGCGGGUGCGGCUGCCCGGCGGGCAGGUGACGGAGGAGAGCCUGCAGGCCGACAGCCGCCUCGACUGCAUCAGCCUGGAGCUGCGCACGGCCGACGGCGCGCUCGUCACCCUCACCGCCGACUUCAGACAGGAGGUGAAGAUUUUCCGUGCCUUAAUCCUAGGGGAGCUGGAGAGGGGCCAGAGCCAGUUCCAAGCUCUCUGCUUCGUCACGCGGCUUCACCGCAACGAGAUCAUCCCCAGCGAGUCCAUGGCAAAGCUGCGGCAGAAGAACCCCAGGACCGUGCGGCAGGCCGAGGAGGUGCGGGGCCUGGAGCACCUCAGCAUGGAUGUAGCUGUCAACUUCAGCAAGGGAGCCCAGCUGAGCUCCCACAUCCACAAUGUUUGUGCAGAGGCCAAAGAAGCAAUUUAUACCCGAGAGGAAGAUGUCAAAUUUUGGCUGGAGAAAGGAGUGGAUGGCUCCAUGUUCGAGGUCCUGCCGCAGACCUCUGAUCUCCCUGACCUGCAGCGUUGCAGGCUGUGUGCAGACCUGUGGAAGCCCUGCAUCUGCAGCUACUCCCUGAGCAUCGAGUGGUACCCCUGCAUGCUGAAGUACUGCAGGAGCCGCGACGCCGGGGGCAAGGUUUCCUCCUACAAGUGCGGCAUCCGCAGCUGCCAGAAGGGCUACACCUUUGAUUACUACGUGCCACAGAAGCAGCUCUGCCUCUGGGAUGAGGAGACCUAGCAGAGCCAGGCCAGACCUUCCCAGAGGGCAGCUCACCUGCCUCCUGCCGCCGUCGGUGAUGCCAAGGGCCUCCUGGGGCUGGCUGCUCCAAAGAAGGAAUAAGGUUCGCGGUGAUGCCUUGUGCUGGGAGAGCUCUGUGUGUGUGCCUUUCCUUCUGGCCCCUCUGUGACUGCCUCCCCACCUGACAGCUGCCUCAUACUGUGAAAAGUGGGCUCUGUUCACGGUGUGUUGCUGCUCUCCUGCCAGCUGCCAGGAGAUGCAGCUUCCUGGAAGAAGCAGGAGGUGCAGGUUUCUGGGGUGCAGCACCAGGAGGGGGGUGUUUGCCUGGCUGUGGAGUUGCUAGAUGUGAAGGGGGCAGCUCUGACCAGUUAGCAGCCUCAAGCAUCCUGGUGAGUGGUCAGGGCAGGGAGAGAGAUGAUCUUGAUGGCCUGGGUUGUCAAACAUCUCUGCUGCUGAAGAAGCCUCUCUGCUGACUUCACCUCCUGGUGACACAACAACAUUUCCCAGUGGGAAAACAGCUGAUGGAUGGGAGCACAUACCCUGAGCAAGGAAGGUAGGAAGCCCACCCAAAGCAAGAGCCUGCCUCUGUCUUUUCCUAACUGGCUGUUACCUCCUUCCUGUGGCUAGAAGAUAGCAUGGGGGGGGGGAUCUAUCCCAGCAAUAACUUCUACCCCUAAAGGGCUGGUAAUUAGGGCUCUAAUUAAUCCCUCUUAGACUAGUGAAGGCCCAACUUUUUGUGUUGGUCCUGUGACUCUCCCACUAAAGCAAAAGGCAAACCAACAUCUAGAGACUUGUGACUACCAUGGUCACAUCGUGGCUGCAAGGGGGGGAGGAGGAUCCCAGGUGGGUUCUCACUGUUGUUUUGAAGAGAACAUUCUGCAGCUAGGUCCAGUUUUCUGUCCUACUCUGCCAGAUAUCCACCAGAAGCUCUUAGAUAGUUCUGCUGCUUUGCUGUGCCUUGGUUUCACCUGUCUGUAAAACAGGGACAACACUGAAGCUCACCUUGGCCCUGCUGUGUAUCUAGAGGGCAUCAGACAAAAAAGCACUGCAGGAGUGCUGCCUGCUUUGUGUGUCCUCUUCCACUCGAGUCAGAACGAGCAGGGAGAGGGGAGGGAGAGGUUGUUGGGGUCGUUGUGAACUCCUGGACCUCCCUGGUGGAAAAGCCUUCACAAUGUGCCUUUUUGCCUAAGCUAGAGGAGAUUUUUUUGCAGGAAGAAUUUGGUCACAAUUAUUUUUGUAUCACUCAAGAGGGGAAGAAAGGAAAAGGUAUUUUAAUACUGCAACAUGAAGUAAAACACACUUGAAAUGAUUGUUUGUUUUUUAAACACAAAUUAUUUAUCAUUUGUAAGGUAAAAUAAACUGAUUUUUGUUGUUGUUGUUUUAAAGCA